GAGGUGCCCGCGGCCCCGGCACCGCCGCUCGAGCUGCGCCGCUCGCUCUGCCCGGGGCGCCAGCGAUGCCGGGGCCGCGCCGGGACCGCCCGGCCGUGCUGCUGCUGCUCGGGGCGCUGCUGGCGGCCGACCUUUACUUCCACCUGUGGCCGCGGGCGCGGCGGGAGCUGUCGGGGAGCGCCCCGGACUGCCCGUGCGCCGCCCGCCCCGCGCCCCGCGCCGCCUCCGCGCUGCGGCGCCUCUUCGCGCACCCGCUGUACCGCGCGGCGCCGCGCCCCGCCGAGCCGCUGCUGCCCGCCCGCGCCGCGCUGCGCUACUACCGCCGGAGAGCCGCGCGAUGGAGCAGGAGACACAAGCUUUACAGAGAGGAGCUCAACCUAACCUCCCCAGCAGCACCUCUGCUGCUCCGGCCAGAUGCCAGUUGGCUCCAGUUCCACCUGGGCAUCAGCCGGGAUGGGCUCUACCCACGCUCCAGCCCCACUGUCAACAGGCUCCUCCACGAUAUGCAAGUCUUCACCACCAUCAGUGCUGACUACAGCCAGGAUGAGAAAGCGCUGCUGGGAGCCUGUGACUGCAGCCAGAUCGUGAAGCCCAGUGGUGUGCACCUGAAGCUGGUCCUCAGAUUCCAGGACUUUGGGAAAGCCAUGUUCAAGCCCAUGAGGCAGAAGCGCGAGGAAGAGACUCCCGAGGACUUUUUCUACUUUGUUGACUUCCAGCGGCACAACGCAGAGAUCGCUGCCUUCCACCUGGACAGGAUCCUGGAUUUCCGGAGGGUGCCACCCACAGUUGGGAGGUUGAUCAAUGUCACCAAGGAGAUCCUGGAGGUCACCAAGAACGAGAUCCUGCAGAGCGUCUUCUUCAUCUCACCAGCCAGCAACGUGUGCUUCUUUGCCAAGUGCCCGUACAUGUGCAAGACAGAGUACGCUGUGUGUGGAAACCCUCACCUCCUGGAAGGGUCCCUCUCCGCCUUCCUGCCAUCCCUCAACCUGGCGCCACGACUCUCCAUCCCAAACCCAUGGAUCCGGUCCUACUCGUUUGACGGAAAAGAGGAGUGGGAAGUGAAUCCGCUCUACUGCAACACGGUGAGGGAGAUCUACCCCUACAGCACCGGCAACCGGCUGCUUAACAUCGUUGACAUGGCCAUAUUUGACUUCCUAAUAGGGAACAUGGACCGUCACCACUAUGAAAUGUUCACCAAGUUUGGGGAUGACGGCUUCCUCUUACACCUGGACAACGCCAGAGGGUUCGGGCGGCAUUCCCACGAUGAAACCUCCAUCCUGGCCCCGCUCUCCCAGUGCUGCAUAAUAAAGAGGACGACGUUAUUACGACUCCAGCUCUUAGCUGAGCCUGAAUAUCAACUCAGCAACGUGAUGAGGGAAUCCCUCCUGCAGGACCCCCUGGCACCUGUCCUCACCGAACCUCAUCUCUUGGCUUUAGACAGACGGUUACAGCUUAUUCUGAAAGCUGUGCGGAAAUGCAUAGACACAUAUGGAGAAGCCAAGGUGGUGGCCAAUGACACCACACAGCCCAAGGCUCCUGCGUUUGACAGAGUCAAGCUGAACACUUAAACAGUCCUUAACUCAUGCUCAGAGGUGGGAAAAACGUCUGCAAGGCAAGUGGCAAGCUUUAGUAGCUGGGAAUUUCCAUCUACAAGUGCUUGUGGGACAGAGGGGAGACUCUUCUGAGGAUCUUCAGGAAUCACACUGGGUUUCUGUUCUGGGGGCUCAAGCAAAGCUCGACCAGCAUGUUGGUAAGUUGUGGUCUGACUGCAGCAGGCCCUUACCCCUCAAAUACCAUCUCUCUGGUGGAAAAGAAGCGAUCUCUGUUUCUGUAGUUGGUCACGCUCUUGGGAGGGUGGAGGGAACACAUGGCCAUUGGUUUGCUCAACCUGCAUGGGAUCUCAGUCUUGCUAGUGAAGGACACAAACUAGAUCCAAGGAUGAGGCCUGAAUAAAGUGAUGCCAAGACCCUU